GAAUGCAGAGAUUCAGCGAUCUCCCCCUCCAGUGUCCAUUGAGCGGAUGCAUUGAUCACCCCCCUAUCGCCAGUGCCAUGAGCCCCCCAGGUGCCCCCUCAUCGUGUGACCUGUCCCCCCUCAGGGCGGAUCCCCGGUGAUGGUGCAGAAAUCCCGCAAUGGGGGGGUCUACCCCGGCCCCCCCGGGGAGAAGAAGGUGGGCUUCGUGGGGCUGGACCCGGGGGCCCCGGAAUGUAGCCGGGACGGGGCUCUUCUCAUUGACGGCUCCGACCACACCAGCAAGAGGAGCGGAAUCCUCAGCAAGCCCCGAUCCACCGUGUCCGGUACCGGCAAACCUCCCAAACGGAACGCCUUCUACCGCAAGCUGCAGAAUUUCCUCUACAAUGUGCUGGAGAGACCCCGAGGGUGGACCUUCAUCUACCAUGCCUAUGUGUUCCUUCUUGUCUUCUCCUGUCUCGUCCUCUCUGUGUUCUCAACGAUUAAAGAGUAUGAAGAGAAAUCGGAAGGAGCCCUUUAUAUACUGGAAAUUGUCACCAUCGUGGUCUUCGGCGUGGAAUACUUUGUCCGGAUCUGGGCCGCCGGUUGCUGCUGCCGCUACCGGGGGUGGAGGGGGAGGUUGAAAUUUGCCCGUAAACCGUUCUGCGUUAUUGAUAUCUUGGUGUUGAUCGCCUCCAUAGCAGUCCUGUCGGCGGGUUCCCAGGGGAAUGUGUUUGCCACCUCGGCCCUAAGGAGUCUGAGGUUCCUACAGAUCCUGCGUAUGAUUCGUAUGGACCGGAGAGGAGGGACGUGGAAGCUGCUGGGAUCUGUAGUGUAUGCGCACAGCAAGGAACUGAUCACAGCCUGGUACAUCGGCUUCCUCUGCCUCAUCCUGGCAUCAUUCCUGGUCUACCUGGCAGAGAAGGAGGAGAACAGCGAAAUGUUUGACACCUACGCAGAUGCCCUGUGGUGGGGCCUGAUCACAUUGACCACCAUUGGCUAUGGAGACAAGUACCCAACGACCUGGAACGGCCGGCUGCUUGCGGCCACCUUCACGCUGAUCGGCGUCUCCUUUUUUGCUCUGCCGGCCGGCAUUUUGGGCUCCGGAUUUGCUUUGAAAGUCCAAGAACAGCACCGACAGAAGCACUUUGAGAAGAGGCGGAACCCGGCAGCUGGCCUGAUUCAGGCCUCGUGGAGAUUUUACGCCACUAAUCUGGCGCGCAUGGACCUGCACUCUACCUGGCACUACUACGAGCGCAGUGUGGCUGUGCCCAUGUACAGGUUGAUCCCACCACUGAACCAACUGGAUCUUCUUCGGAACCUGAAGAGCAAAUCUGGACUAACAUUCAGGAAGGAGCAACAGGCCGAGCCUCCUCCCAGUCAAAAAGUUAGCUUGAAGGAACGGGUCUUCUCCAGCCCCAGAGGUGUCGCCACGAAAGGCAAAGGCUCCCCGCAGGCCCAAGGAGUGCGUAGAUCCCCCAGUGCUGACCAAAGCAUGGAGGAAAGUCCCAGUAAGGUGCCCAAGAGCUGGAGCUUUGGAGAUCGGGGAAGGACACGCCAGGCCUUCCGCAUCAAGGGAUCGGCAUCACGGCAAAACUCUGAAGAAGCCAGUCUCCCUGGGGAGGAAAUUCCUGAAGAUAACAGAAGCUGUAAUUGUGAGUUCCUGUCUGAAGAGUGGACCCCUGGUCUGAAGGGAUCUAUUCGAGCCGUAUGUGUCAUGCGGUUCCUGGUGUCCAAGCGGAAGUUUAAGGAGAGCCUGCGACCAUAUGACGUCAUGGAUGUGAUAGAACAGUACUCAGCUGGACAUCUGGACAUGCUUUCCCGUAUCAAAAAUCUCCAGUCCAGGAUAGAUUUGAUUGUGGGUGCCCCACCCCCUUCUACACCCCGGCACAAGAAGUACCCUACCAAAGGAUCAGUGCUCUCUACCAAAGAAUCUCCCCAAUAUUCUCCUAGAGUGGACCAGAUUGUUGGAAGAGGAGGUUCCAUCAAUGAAAAGGACAGGGCCAAGGCUGGAACCGAACUAGAAAUGCCUGAGGACCCUAGCAUGAUGGGCCGUUUGGGCAAAGUGGAGAAGCAGGUGCUUUCCAUGGAAAAGAAGUUGGAUUUUCUGGUAAACAUCUACAUGCAGAGGAUGGGUAUUCCCCCUUCAGAAACAGAGGCUUACUUUGGAGCCAAGGACCGUGAGCCAGCUCCUCCAUACCACAGCCCAGAAGACAGCCGGGAUCCUGUAGAUAAGAACAGCUGUAUCACCAAGAUUAUUCGCUCCACAAGCUCAGUGGGCCAAAAAAACUUUAGUGCUCCACCUGCCCAGGGAAUGUCAACCCCCUACUGCCCGCCAUCCACCUCGUGGCAGCAACAACAGCCAUACCACCGACACAGUCAUGGUUCAUCUCCAGUUGGUGAUCCAAACUCCAUGGUGAGGAUUCCUCCACCCCCAUCACAUGAGCGUUCAGCCUCUGCUUAUGGAGGGAGCAGACCGGGAGCUGGUGAAGAAGGAUCUGCCAAACACCGAGACAACGCAGCCCUGAGAGAUAGCGAUACCUCUAUAUCUAUCCCAUCCGUGGACCAUGAAGAGUUGGAGCGUUCUUUCAGUGGUUUCAGCAUCUCCCAGUCCAAGGAGAACCUGGAGGCUUUGAACAAUGGGGCAGUGGCGGGUCCCGGCCCCGUCAGCAAGGUCCGCCCUUACAUUGCUGAGGGAGAGUCUGACACAGACUCUGACCUCUGUACCCCUUGUGGUCCGCCUCCUAGGUCAGCCACUGGGGAAGGGCCUUAUGGUGACAUGGGAUGGCCAACCGGGAAAUAGACUAAUGCCUGCAAUUCUUUGGGACUUCUGUAGAUACCGGCAAUGAGCCAUCAAUGUAAUGCGCCCAGAACAAGGGCCUCUUCAUCUACUUCCUCUUCCAAAGGUGCAACCACAUCCAGGGAUUUGGUAGCAAAUAUGUGAAAGAUCUUUUUGUGGCU